GCUGGUGCCUUUGUGCUGGAUCCCAUGUGUGGGCUGGGAACGAUACUGCUGGAGGCUGCCAGAGAGUGGCCUGAAGCCUGUUACUGGGGUGCUGAUAUAAGUGAUUCACAGUUAGAGGGUGCAGAUGUGAAUAUUAGAACUGCAGGCUUAAUGAAUAAGAUUGAGUUGCUUAAAGCUUCAGUGAAAGCACUGCCAUUGCCUUCAGAAAGCUUUGACGCUGUGAUUUCGGAUAUUCCGUUUGGGAAGAAGUUCAAGAUUAGGAAUGAUGCCCAGCUUCUACCAGAUAUUCUCCAGGAAAUGGAAAGAGUGAUCCGUGUUGGAGGGACCAUGGUAUUGCUGCUGAGCCAAGAUCUCCGCAAGUGCAUGGACAGCUUGACCACGUGUGCUGGAAGUGACUCUCCUGAGGCCGUUGCUGAUGGCACCGGUGAAACAGCCACUGCCAAAGCCCCGAGUAUUGAUGGGAAUCCUUCCGCUGUGGCGAGUGGUGGUGGAGAAUCCUUUUGCAGCAGCAGACAGAUGCGUUUUGGGUCUCUGGUGCCAGAUGGUGUCUAUGGGGUUAGUCUUGGGAAGACAGAGGCUUUCAUAUACAAAUGCAGGAAGAUCUCUGCUGCCAGGAAUCGGUAGCUCACAUU